GGCGCGGCUGAGGCCCCGGGUCGCAGGCAUUCGCUAGCCCAGUACUCCCCCGGCCGUGGCCAAGAGCGCACGAGUCCCCGGCCCCGCAGCCACCGCGAUCUAACUUCGUCACUCGUCAACAAUCGUCGUCCACGACAAUGGAAACAAUCACCAUCGUUGCUUCUGAUGGCGCUCGAUCGAAAAUAUGAAGUGAUCCGAUAGUGCAGUUGUGUCCUGUUGUGUGUGCUUUGAACGAUUGUUUCAUGUUGGUGUUUUGAUCAUGUAGAUGGCUGGAUUUGAGAUUGAUUUAAUGGUGCUGCUUCGAGUUAUAAAGGAGAGACACUAUCUUCAUCAAUGUAAAUAAAGACUUCGCUUUCUAUUCGUCCUUCUGGAGGCAGGCAAAAUGGCGAUCAUGAUACGUCACUCGGUGCACACCAGCGCCAUCGUGCUGGUGAUGGCAGGCGGAGCCUCCGCCAGGGUCGCCGGCAAGAUGGGUGGCUACUCCAACAAGAAGGGUGGGAAGUCGACAAGCGGCAUCAACGAGGAGAUCAUUUGGAUUAGCAUAAGUAUGGCAAUCGCUAUAGCUGUGCUGAUAGCCAUAGCGCUGUGUUACAUAUUGAAGGAGAAAUGUAUGAAACGGAAAGCGUACCGAGAGCAGUCAUGACGAUACCAGGAGGAGUUCGCGAAGCACGCGCUCGCGGACUCCCUCACUGACCUGGACUUCGAGCUGCCAGCCUACACCCUCUACCCACAAUACUCUCCCGACGGCAAAGAGUACUUCUACAACUUCCAUCGCUUCUCAUACAUAAGAAACAGCUUCAAAUUACCCCCCAAAGACUACCCAAUCAAAAAUAAAGAAGACAUUUACAUUAAUGCGUGAUAAUGUGUCGAGUUUAGAAACUGAUAAUUGUGUAUUUUAACCUAAUGUACCAUAUAGUUAAUGUGAAUGUUAUGUCUGUUUAGAUUAUAUGUAUAAACAUCGAAUGAUAGUGGAAUGGAUAUAAUGAUAUUUGUAUGAGCUCACUACAGAAAUAUGAAAUCUAAAAAAGCUACUGUAUACUUUUAUAAGUUUGUGAAAUCUGUUUAACUUUUUUGAUAACUAAUUUCAUCAGUAACAAAAAUAAAUAUAACUUACUUGUUUCACAGACCAAUUCCGUUUGUUCCGCGAAAGUAUGUCUGCACGUCAAUUGACAUAAAUAUUCAAACUAGUUUAAUGAAAAAGAAACCAGUGGAAUGUACUUGUAGAUUAAUAAAAUACAUAUUUAUAUUUAAUGGUUCGUACACAAAAAGGGUACUGAAAUUGUAUCUAACUGUGAUAGAAUACUGGUUUAGUUAAUAGACAGUUUCUUUUGUUUAAUUUUCUUAUGUACGUUAAGUAGAUAGAUGCUCAUAGUUUAUUUUGACUAAAUUAUUAUACAUACUUACAAAGUUUUUGUAUGGCAAUCUAUUACCUAUGUGUACCUAUUAUGUAUUGUGGGGUUAACACACUUUAUUUUUAAAUAAUACUUUUAAAACAUCCAUUAUUCACGACAAUUUUAGAUAUUUUAAUUAAUACAGGAAUUUUAUAAUGCAAAAUAUUGUAAAGCUAUUAAUAUACCUAGAUGCCCCGUUUAUUUUAGUAUAAAAAUAUUGGGUCGGAAUUUUUUGUGGAAGUGGAACUCUGUGUGCUAAAUUAAAUAAUAACUAAAUGAAUAUGCAGAAAUACUGAAGAUCGGAAACGAUUAAUGUAUUUUUAUUUUAGCCUCUUUCAGCUCAAUUUCCAACGUAAGAUAAAAAUUUCGAGACGCAGAGAAACACCAAUUGCGCAGUGUUUUUGAAAACCAAGCGUUUGCUUUAUUUAAAAGAAUUACCUGUCUGUGUUUAUAACUGUUUAGCUCCGAUACAAUUAUAGUAAUAGGUGUAUAUGCUACUCAUAUUUGUCUGAAAACAUUCAUUGACCAAACGUAAUUUUUAUGCCAUAACUAAAUGUUUUCUAGAAAACAAAAAUAAAUGAGAUCGAAGUUCG